GCGUGGCAGGAAAGGUGGCGGUGAUGGUGGUGAUCGGGGUGGUGGGAGGAAUAUUAGCCAUAAAAGUCCUUAAAUCGGAAGGAGCUUUAAUUCCUGCUCAUAAUACAUCUGACUCCUCCUUCGAUACCACUUCGUCCUCCUCCAGCAAGGAUAACGCAGUAGACAGACGCAACGCAGGACUCCUAAACAGUAAUCACGUAGAAGAAGCAGAAGAGGAGAAAGAGGAAAGAGACCCCGAAGAUGAUCAGCAGGAGACACUGGAAGAAAAGGAGGCAAUAGUCACAAACCUCAUAAAUAAAUUGGUCUACGCUCUGAAGAGAGUAUCACCAGAGAAAAUGGAAGCGGUUGACAGGGAUACACGCGCAAAUGUGAUCAAGCGCUAUAGAAGGGAGACUGCGUUAACUGAAAGAAAAACGGUUUUAUCUAGUGAAGGUCUUAAUAUUCGUGUCAGACAUCCCAAAAAUAAACUCCACCAUAGAAAAUUCGAUCAGCUUUUUCAAACGCUAAUUAGAAAGGGCGAAAAAGGAGAGGAAAAGGAAAAAGUAAUAGUGAAAAAAAUCGAUUCCUAUCCAGAUGGUUCCAGAGAGAAACUCCACCAUGGAAAUUUUAACAACAUAGUCCCAAUGCUGACGGGAAGGGAAAAGGAAAAGGAAAUCAUGAAAGGCAUAACAAAGACGGACAACAGCGAGAGCAAAACAGACGCAGAGACAUUGGAUAAUGAGUUAGUGUCUUUCUAUCGACAUAAGAAUACAAAUCAUGCCAACAGAAACGACAGCUUAGUGAAUGCAGCCAAGAACGCCACGGAGCUCGUAAAGAUGACAAAGUUAUCCAAUUUGGAUCUACAUCUGCCCGUUCUUAUGGCGUUCUUCUUCCUCCUUUUCCUCGCAUCGUUUACUCUUCUGUACAGCUGUUACGUCUGCAUGUGUUACCUACGAAGGAAGAAGGAGCGAGAGAAGGAACGGCCCUUUACCAUUCUAUGAGUAUAAAAAAGAAGUUAUGAUUUCUUACUUAUGAUCAUCCAGUAGUUUUACAAUAGAUGAAUGUUUACAAGAUAGAGAGCAGCUGAAUUUCAUUACAAGACACAACAUAGCCUAUACCAUACGUUUAGCUGCCUAUCAGUGCCUUAUAAGAGUAGUUUUUCACUUGGUUGGUCUUUUUUUCUAGGCUAUCCGAGUUUUAAAAGUUCAAGAGAGAAUGGAGAGAUGAUGAAAGACAAGCCAGCACCUUAUAACAAACGUUGUACAAUAAAUAAGAAGAGGCUCUUAAGGUACGUUUUGCUGCGGGGUGCGUCGUAAUUAUAUUCGUGCAUCAAAGGCAUUCAGAUUAUGUCUUGCGUAGCUAUAUAGGAUUUGUUUCCACCGAUGAUUUCGUAGAUUAUUCAGAACUUGCUAUUUCUGUAUUGUGUGAUGUCUGUCUGCGCAGAGAGAGGGAGAGAGAGAGAGAGAGAGAGAGAGAGAAAAUUAUUGUACGGUAAAGGUUACACGCAACCAAGAUUCUGGUGUUCUAUUUACCCAUUCAUUCCUAGAGGGUUCAGGUCUCACUAUUGCUUCAUGACAUCUUCCUCUAGCUAGCGUGAGCUGGUAUCACGUUGAACUUUUUAUUCGCAAGCUAUUUAUUUGCCCGGUGCCGAACAUCUCUGGUGGACAGCUGUCAGCAGAUCAAUCUCUGGAAAGCUUUGUGCUCUGACUCUUAUAUAAACACGUACGAUUAUGAACACUGACAUGAUCUUAACUUCAACUGUGUACUUAAAUUGCAUUGACUGAUAUAUUGAUUUCAGGGUAUUUUGCACAUUAUUAACCUUAUUAUUGGAGGACCGAGGAAGCAACAGUAGGAUAGAUGAAUAAAUGAAUGGGUAAAGACACGAUGAUUUUGUUGCAUAAUGUUAAUGGAGCAAUCAAAAAAAAUAAAAAAACGAGUAAAUAAAUUAAUGUGUAAUGCACCUUUUAAGGGUUUUUCUUCUAACAUUUGCACCUUCGG